GGAUGUGCCUGAGAAUCGUCUCCGGAGGGGCGGCGGUGGGGUUGGUGGAGAACCGGACCGCAAGGCAUCCUUGGAGAACCACUGCACCUACUCCAUGGACAGGACCGUGGGGGGUGGUGGGGGUGGCGGAAUUGGGCAGGGACCCCAGGGAGGUCCCCCCCUCCUCAAACAGAACCAGAACCACGGACCCCUUCAACCAUCCGGUGGUGGCCCACGAACGGGCCCCCAUCCUGGUGCUCCUCACCCCCACCAAGGACCCCCACCCCCAGCAGGCUGGGAUCCCCCUAAGGGACCCCACCCCAGCCAACUGGACCCCAAUUCCCAGGCAGCCAUGAUGCACAAGGCUAGGAGGGAGAAGUCCGGGGACAGCCUGCUGCGGAAGGACUCCCAGAGCUCGGACCAGUCGGAGUCGCUGCGGCCGCCCCCACCCAGGCCCUACAAGAGCAAACGGGGCGUCAACAAGAGGCAGAUGUCUAUAAGCAGCUCAGAGGAGGAGGGCGCCUCCACGCCAGAGUACACCAGCUGUGAGGACGUGGACAUGGAGAGCGUCAGUGAAAAAGGUGAUUGGGACUGCCAUCCUCUGGAUCCUGCUGUGUGGCAUCAUCCAGUGACAUGGCAGCCGUCCAAGGAGGGCGACCACUUAAUCGGACGCAUCACUCUGAGCAAAAGGUCGGCCAUGCCCCGCGAGGCAGGCUCCUUACUAGGGUUAAAGGUUGUGGGUGGGAAGAUGACAGAGACAGGGAGACUGGGGGCCUUCAUCACCAAAGUCAAGAAAGGAAGUCUGGCGGACAUUGUUGGCCACCUGCGAGCUGGUGAUGAGGUACUGCAGUGGAACGGGAAGUCGUUGCCAGGAGCAACCAAGAAGGAAGUGUACAACAUCAUUCUGGAAUCCAAGGCGGAGCCUCAAGUGGAAAUAGUUGUCUCAAGGCCUAUUGGAUCUAUCCACCGCAUCAUUUCCAAUAACUUCUUGAGAAAGGUGUAUAGAGCGUAUCAAGACAUACCAAGAAUUCCAGAAACAUCACAUCCUCCUUUAGAAUCGACGGGCUCCAGUUCCUUUGAGUCUCAGAAGAUGGAGCGUCCCUCCAUAUCGGUCAUGUCCCCCACCAGCCCUGCUACCCUCAGAGCCCUCCCCGUCAUCCUGCCUGGACAGCUCUCUGUAAAGCUGUGGUAUGACAAAGUGGGCCAUCAACUGAUCGUCAACGUCCUUCAAGCCAUAGACCUGCCCCCCCGACCGGACGGGCGACCCAGGAACCCCUACGUCAAGAUGUACUUCCUCCCUGACCGAAGUGAUAAGAGCAAGCGCAGGACCAAGACGGUAAAGAAGAGCUCUGGGCCCAAGUGGAACCAGACGUUCCUGUACUCCCACGUCCACCGCAGGGACUUCAGAGAACGCAUGCUGGAGAUCACUGUCUGGGACCAACCUAGAAUACAGGAGGAGGAGAGUGACUUCCUGGGAGAGAUCCUGAUAGAGCUGGAGACUGCCCUGCUGGACGACAUCCCUCACUGGUAUAAACUCCAGACCCACGACGUGUCCUCUCUACCUCUGCCCCAGCCAUCCCCUUACCUCCCGCGCAGACACGCCUCUCACGACAGCCCCAGCAAGAAACUACAGAGGUCCCAUCGCAUCAUUGACACAGAGUUUGAUGAUACAGGUGCAGAGCGUAACUCGAGGGAGAGGGAGAGGAACAGCACCCUGACUGUCCCAGAGCAGCAGAGACUGGCCCAGCACCGCUCCAGAUCUGUGUCCCCUCACCGAGAGGACAUAACAAGGGCCCGCUCCCGCCCUGCACACGUCCCCAUGCAGAGGAGUCUGGAUGAGAUCCAUCAGAACCGCCACCACUCCUGCUCCCCCUCUCGUUACCAUGACUCCCACGGGGAGCACCGCUCCGGGGACUCGGACUACGAGUACUCCGAGGACAGUGAGGUCCUCGAGAUGCACAGGUCUAUCCGAGGCGGGAGUGCCGAGUGCCUGCACACAAACAGUGAUCUGCAGCCCAGUCUGGACCGGGUGAGGAGUGCCAGCACCACCUGCCUCAGACCUGACACCAACCUCCACUCUCCUGAUAAAGACAGAUGCUCCAACUCUCUGCCCCGCAGACAGCCCGCAGGCCCCAGGAUUUUAGUAGAGCAGGCCUCCCCAGAGGAAGAAAGGCAGUCAGGGAGCCUGGGCAGACCUGACAGUCAGAGAGGUAACAGCAAGAAAGGCCUGGAGGCUGACAGUCGUAUCCAGCCCACCUCUAUACUGAGGGGCAGUAGGGGGAGAGGGGGACCGCUGCGCCCCUUUAACCAGACACCCCUGGGGGGAUCUGCCCCUAACUCACCACGACAGGACAGAACACACACCCACAGCCCCUCCCCUCCUACAGGGACUCCCCAGUCAGGUCGCAGGGGCAGACAGCUGCCACAGGUUCCUGCCAGAAGCAGUAGUGUAGAGCAAGCUCUAGCAGUAGAGGAGCGAGCCAGACAGAUGAACAUGAAAGUACAUUCCUACCGGCCUUCAGCAUCCCAUGACCCCGAGACGGACCUCAAGACCAAACGAGAGAUGUAUGCGGAUCAGCGGCGGAGCUCUGACAACGUGUCGGCCCGCUCGUCAGACAGCGACAUGAGUGACGCGUCGGCCCUAUCCCGCGCCAGCAGUGCCUCACGCCUCAGCAGCACCUCCUACAUGUCCAUCCAAUCAGAACGCCCGCGCGGGCGGCUCAGGUCCAAGUCUUUAGAGGACGAGAAGAAGGAGAGGAGGAUCUCGUGGGGGAUGAAUGGAGAGCAGGAGAGGAUGAGGGCAGCAGGGAAGAGACGGUUCUCUCAAGAGCUGAAGAGGAGGAGACACACUGUGUCUGGGGACCCCAAAGACGCCAGUCGGCAGGUUCGUGCGGCGCCAGGCCGGACCAUGCUGAAGAGCACAAGUGUGAGCGGUGAGAUCUACGCAUCAGAGCGUACCGACGGCAGCCAAUCGGAUACGGCGCUGGGCACGGUGGGCAUGGGUGGCAAGAAGAGACGCUCCAGCCUCAGUGCCAGGGUGGUCUCCAUCGUCUCCAACAGACGUAGUCGCAGCACGUCGCAGAUCAUCGGCCCGGAGGGGAAGGGGAAGAAGGAGAAGGGUGCGUCCAUCCAGAGGAGCACAGAGACGGGCAUGGCUGUAGAGAUGACCAGGAACAUGAGUCGACAGUCCAGUAAAGAGUCCACCAACGGCACCAUGAACAGCUGCAACUCCGAGGGAAAUCUGCUUUUCGGUGGGGUGCGUCUGGGACAGCCAGGCAACCAGUUCAGCGACUUCCUGGAUGGUCUGGGUCCCGCCCAGCUGGUGGGCAGACAAACGCUGGCCACACCUGCCAUAGGUGAUAUUCAGAUCGGAAUGAUGGACAAGAAGGGUCAGCUGGAGGUGGAGGUGAUCAGAGCUCGGGGCCUUGUACAAAAGCCUGGAUCCAAAUCCCUCCCUGCUCCAUACGUCAAGGUCUAUCUGUUGAAUAAUGGAGCGUAUGUAGCCAAAAAGAAAACCAAGAUUGCACGGAAAACGCUGGACCCGCUGUACCAGCAAGCGCUGCAAUUCGAGGAGAGCCCACAGGGUAAAGUCUUACAGGUGAUCGUCUGGGGAGACUACGGACGAAUGGACCACAAAAGCUUCAUGGGAGUUGCACAAAUCCUAUUGGAGGAACUAGACUUAACAAGCACAGUGAUUGGCUGGUACAAGUUGUUCCCACCCUCCUCUUUAGUGGACCCCACACUAGCCUCCCUGACUCGACGUGCUUCCCAGUCGUCACUGGACAGCUCCUCGGGCCCACCGGGCACCCGAUCCUAGUGGACCAAUAGGACUACAGCUACCAAUCUUAAUGGACCAAUGGGACUAUAGCUAGCCUACCGCUUUGUGAAACGAAUUAACGUCACUUUAGAGAUUAACGGACAAAAAUUAUUGUAGGACAACAACAAUCAAGAAACAGAGUCACAAAUGAUUUUAAAAAAAGCUUUGUUGAGAUCUGACAAUCACUCCCAUCAUUUAAUUUGUUUGUUUGUUUUAGAGAGCGUAAGGUUUCAGUGUUUCAUUCCAGUAACGAAUUCAUCAUCGUUUUUUCGCGGUUGUAAUCUAAGAACUAGGGCUGUCGAUAAUAAACAAUGUUUGGUAGCUAGGUAAGGCUGUACUGGAGUCGAGCGGUAAGGAGACACUCGAUUCAUUGAAGAAACUACGUAGAAAUUUAAAUGUGAAAGGAAGAAGGGUGGUAGUUUUUAGUCAAACCAUCAAUAAACAAAGAAAUGUAUGUUAGCAUCAGAAUGUAUGGACCCAAGACAGAGGUGUCAUCCUCCUUGUCCCUCAGGGGAUGCCAUAAUGUCCUCUCCGCAGUGGCCCCCAUCCGGCCCCCAAACAGACUGCCAGCACUUCGGCCCCCAGGGCAGAGUGCUUCUGGGUGGGGUCGGUCCGGGCAAGCAGGGGUCUCCUUCUGGUGCCUAGACUUUGUGGAUUCACAUUACUGGUCCUUCUCUGUCAAAUAUCAUUUUUUUUGUUUUCAAUAUGUUUACCAUGGCUGGUCCAAGCCGCUCUCUCGUUUUUGUCUUUGGUACGUUUGACUUUUUUUUUCUCCCUUUGUUACUUAUGGCACAACAAUGUUUUUAUGAUGAGUAUGAGGUUUACGAUGAGUUGUCUGAUGUAUGCAUGGUGAAGAAUAAAAAGACACAAAGAAAAAAAUACGAAAUAGAGAAAAUUAGAUCAUGUGUCUGCAAUGAGAUGCAGGGGACUGUUCAGUGACACAUCUUAAAUGACGAUUUUUACACUUGACGAUGAGAUUAGUGUGUUUUCUUCAUUCAGUCACCUACAAAAAGUCCAACCCAGUUGUCUUUGUAUAGAUGUAUAUUAGACCUCCAUUAUCUUGACCAAUAAAUAGAAUUAUACAUUUCACUUUGGACUAUCACUAGGGUGUCAACAAGUCACUGUAAAAAAAGACGUAUCUUUGUCCACAAUCACGAGAACUUUCAUUUAGCUGUUUUCCUGGAGUAUCCUUCCCCUCACCCCAGCACAUGUUUAGGGGUUUUAUCUGAAAUUUCAGUUUACAUUAUUUUGAGAUUCAAAAAAGCAAGCACAAAUAAGCUUGAUUUUUUUUUUUACGGUAAAAAGUUACACUUUUUGAGAUUUAAAAAAAAAAGUGAAUGAAAUUUUUUACAUUUUAAAUACUGCUUGGAAAUGUAUUUUUUUGGUUCAUUUAAUUUCUUCUUUGUCUCGAUUAUUUGGAAAAACAAAAAACAUCAGUUGCUCAAAUUUCCCUUCUGCAUCUUUGUGAAUGUGAAAAGUAACCCAUCAGAUUGAACUUUCAGGACAGGAACACCAAUACUCAUCCUUCGUCAGGCCGGCCGACUCCUGCCACACAAAAGGGGCGUGGCCAGCAUGACUCGGACCUGUUCCAAGCUGCAUGCACAUUUUGUAAAACAAAAACGAUACUGAAAAAAAAAGAAGAUUGAACUGAACUAGAUAUGUGUUAGUUCCACAUACUGUAGGCCCGCUUGUAUGUUGCAUGCACUUGUACAGUUUGCUCGUACUUAAAUAUAAAGAGAAACCGAAGCCAUUCACAUCACGCGAAGACAUUCAAAAUUAUCAGCUGCAGUCAAGUCUAGUCCACAUCCUUCAUUCCGGUGCUGAAUGUUUCGAAACCAGUUGAUUACCAAGAUUAUGUUGAUGUCUUUUUUAAAGCUAUUGAACACGUGCUGUACUGUCGUACUAAGCAAUCCUCACCGCCCAUUCUUUCAGAUCUACAGUUACUGUACACAUCAUAGUUUACCUCUAUGGGGCUGAGACUACAUGGUUAAAUAUGUAUAAAUCAGAUCAACUUAUAUACAAAGUAUAGUUAUGUUGAACAUAAUGAUGUUAUAAGAUAUAUGGAUACAUAUAUUACACAAAUUAUUUAGAGUAUAAUGUAACGAAAGUAAUUUAGAUAUGUUGUAAAUAUUUUUUCAACCAACCAAACGGUUUAGUGAUAUUUACGAAUGGGGCCAAGUCAGAUUACGGGGACAUUGUCAAGUUCCUUAAGACUACGAUUGGACUUAGAAAGUCACAAAGGGACACUACUUUACUUCAAGGCUUCAGGGGAUAGUCCCAAAUCGCCACACUUGAGUGUACUAGGGUAUCAGGCCAUAUUAUCUGCAAAAGCUGUCGUCACUACACCUCUCUCUCUCCAUGCUUUGAAACAUACAACCUACGACCCCAGCCAUGUAAAACCCCAUUUAUAAAAAUGUCAAAUUUUUGGUUUUAUGUUUAGUGAGUUAUUCUUUCUUUAUUUUGUCAGUAUUAUUAGGAGAGAGAAAAAAAUGCUGAUUGUUUACAAUGUAUGUGUUCCACUGAAACAACAACUAUAAAAGAAAAUGAUCAGAUAAAAAUGUAUUCACUGCAGCGUUUCUUGUUUCGUAUAACAGGUGUGGCUCAAAUGAUGUGUGUGUUUUAUAUUUAAAAAAAAGAGUUCAUUUUUAUUAUUUACAAAUAAAAAAAAGAAUGU